ACAUAACUUCCGGUUGAAUUUUGCACGUGUUUUCAUAUUUUUGAACAAAACAUCAAAAUGGGCAAAGUAAAACGAGAAAGAACAGCAUCAGAAAACGAGGCCGAUCUUUCUAAAGUUGAAUCGAGUAGUUACAAAGACCUAGUGCAGUUCAUCAGCCCAAUUGCUUCACCGCUUGCUGGAAAAAAACUCGCAAAACGGCUGUACAAAUGUACCCGAAAAGCCCAGAAGGAAAAAAUGCUAAGGAAGGGAGUACGUGAAGUGCAGAAGUUCAUCAGGAAAGGCGAAUCGGGCAUUGUUGUCAUUGCCGGAGACACAAAUCCCAUUGAUGUUAUCUGCCAUAUGCCGCUAGUUUGUGAGGAGAAAAACAUACCAUACUGUUACACACCAUCUAAGGAGGAUCUUGGAGCGGCCUGUGGAUCCAAGAGGCCCACCUGUAUGGUGAUGAUCAAAGAGCACAGCGAUUACAAGGACAUAUACGAUGAGAUCAAGGAUGGCAUCUCAUCAUUACCACUGCCAGUGGCUUGAAAAAGCUGCCAGUUUGAACAUUCUAAAAGAUUAGCACCAUGUGUUCUGUUUUUGAAGGGUGUGUAUGGAUUCGUAUGUCAUCAUUGCAACAUUGGUGAACUUGGAGAUCUCUCAACUCGAUCCAUUCGCGAUUGUGCAUUGUCUUUGUUCUCAAAGAUAUAGUUACUGUAACGGUGAAAUAUAUUUCCAAAGCUGAAAGUUACUUAUUUGCUCAUUUUCGAGAGUAGACUAAAUUCUGUAUUAGCUGGCCAAUGUAUUACCAUUGAAAUUGGUUAUAAAUCCAGUUUGUUUCCAACACUUCAUUUCCUAAUUGGCCAUUUCCUAAUUUUAAUUCAUCAUUCCAGGAAAAUUGUAGAUGUCCUCACACAUUACACUUGACAUCCUUGCAGGGCUCCAUAUAAUUUGAUUUUAUUAUAAAAUUAUGAGAUUUGUAAAUAGACGUGAUAAUAAAUGAAAGGUCAUUUAUUCUGA